AUGCAGGUAGCAAGUCCUUUGACUGGGAUUCCUGCUUCUUGGCUCCUUCAUUUUCCGGAGCUGCCACUUCAGGGCUUCGAACCAAGACUGGCUAAAGGGAUGAUUGGACAAGAACAUGUUCCAUUUGUCAUUAGCAAUGUAUUGUCAAGGUGUAGAGUUGGUUCUCGCCCAAUUGGAUCAUUUCUUUUUUUAAAUGGCCUUUUUUCGGGAUGGACAGAGAUUGCCAAAUCUCUUGCCCGGCAACUUUUUGAUGACAGUGGAAGGUUGAUAGCAUUCGACUUGUCAGAAUACUCGGACUCACAAUCUGCCUCACGUCUUAUUGGUUUUCCCUCCAGCCCCAGUUCCUGUUAUCGUGAAGGACUGCUCACAGAAGCUGUUAAGAGGAUGCCUUUCGCCGUAGUGUUGCUUGACAAUGUUGAUAGGGCUCAUCCUUUUGUUACUGACGUUCUGAUUGAGAUCAUUACCAAUGGCAGUGUAUCAAAUGGCGAAGGAGGCACCACUGACUUCACCAAAACAGUGAUUAUCAUGACAUCAAAUGUUAUGGAUGGUAAAAUCCAGGGGUGGAAAUGCAAUUGUGCGAGGUUUUUAACCAAACUAUUACAGUGCCUGAUAUCUUUGCUGUCUGGAAUUACAGGCGAGAAAACAUUUCAGACAUUUCAGAGAACUGGAUGGUGUGAUUCUCUUUAA